AUGGCGUUUGUGGGUUUUCACGAUCAAACCGAAAAUUUGGCCAAAAGAUCCCAAGGACCUUCCCUACUGGAUUCCACGGCAUACGGUAACCUUUUUGGGCAAUUCAGACAAGCUCUUGGAGCGUGGGCUGUGAGUGAGGUUCUAAUUGUUAAACAUAUCAACAUCUCGCCUGACAUUGCAAGGAACUAUACCAACCGGUCCCAUGAGAUCUUCACAAUCCAGAUGCUAGGGAAAAAGCUGUACAUCGUUACUGCUCCAGAGGAUGUUGCUGCUGUCUACAAAAACACCGUCUCACUGGGCUUUGAUGGGCAUCUGAAUGAUCUUCUCGUCAGUUUUGGGUUUGGCGAAGAAGCCUUGAGAAAAGCAUGGCACACGCCUACCCCAGGUGAUCAUAAUUACAUCCCAAAUAACCUCAUCAACCCGGAUCAGGUGAACUUUAUUCACCAUACAGAAGAAACCUUCAAAAAGCAACUGCUUCCCGGGCCCCGGAUGGAUACGAUUGGCAGUGUCUUCCUGGAGGCUCUUCAUCAAUCAGUUCACUUCGAUCAUCUAGGGUUCUGCACAUCUGCGCCUCCUCAAGCGCCUUGCAAGCACAUUUCCCUCUAUGAUCUUUGUCGCUUCACGAUGGUUGACGCAGCUACCCGGUCGCUUUUUGGGAGUCACCUUCACAACAUCAACCACCGUGUUGUAGAUCACAUGUUAGGCUUCAAUGAUUAUGCCUGGCAGGUCUUCUUCCGCCUACCAAGGUUUCUAGGGCUUGGGGUAAGUGAACCACAGAGGCAUCUGAUGGACACUCUUAGGCAAUUUGUGCAGCUCCCUAGGGAGAAGAGGGCUCAGGCCGCCUGGGCAAUUCAGACUGUGCUUCAAUCGUCGGAACAUGUCGGUAUUGAUCUAGAAUCGCGCACAUCGGUCUUACUCAUGAUGUUUUGGGCGGCCAAUUCUAAUGAGUAUAAUAUUGCUUUCUGGGUUAUUGCUCACCUCCUCUAUGAUGAGGCUCUCAAAGACCUAGUUAUUCAAGAAACUGAAGCCGCAUGGCAAUCGGGUGCUCUUGACAUUAAGUAUCUAUGUUCACACUGCCCUAAUUUAGAGGCAAUUUUUAACGAGGCACUUCGGCUGAAUGGGGGCGCAAUGGUCAGCCGUAUUGUACUGGAGAAAACCAUCAUAGGUGGGAAGGAACUGCAGCCUGGCAACGCAAUUAUUAUGCCGUCCCGCCAGCUUCACACGAAUGAGAAAGUUUGGGGUUCGAAUCCACGAGAAUUUGACCCAGCUAGAUUUCUCAAACACAAGACUAUGACUCGACACUCCUCCUUUCGACCUUUCGGAGGUGGCAUCACGUACUGCCCUGGGAGAGUCUUGGCGAAGCAUCAAGUUUACGGGUUGAUUGCCCUUCUUUUUCACCGCUUUGAGAUGAGCUUGGUAUUAGGCGAGGAUGGAAAGAAGCCAGAGUUUCCGGUCUUGAACGACACAACGCCUGGACUCGGCAUUACGGGGCCACUCAAGGGCAUGGACGUCAAGGUAGAGGUUCGGAAGCGAUAG